UGACAAGCGGCAUUCAGUUAAUGACAGCAGAGCCGAUGACAGUUGUGUUUUUAGGUUUCUGUCUGCGUUCCUGAACUUCUCUACCUUACGUUAGAGCGUCGUCGAGUCAGCAGAUACACAAGAUUCUUGUGAAAUAUAAGUGGUUGAGAAAGACGCGUUAAAUUGGCACAUUCUGCGGUUUGAUAGUUCACUAGCUUAGCUUAGCUUAGCUUAGCCACCCAUCAAACUUCCUCCGAAAGCAGCAUUUGAAUAAGGAAGCAGCCUGUUAGCUUAGCCAGCCUGCUAGGCGCGUAAACACGGCUCUCCAUGGAGGGUGUGUCCGAGUGAGCGCAUAUUUUCGUCCCCGAUAAAGCUCCUCCGGUCGGGAGAAAUGGGCGAAGCGGCGAGGGCCCAGCGUCGGGAGCAGCUGAAGCGCUGGUCUGGGUCGUGUACGGACAGAGAGCCGGCGGUGCCGCGGAGGCGCUGGAGGGGCGAGCAGGAGGAGGAGGAGGGCGACGACGACGAAGGCGAGGCGGUUCUGGAGGGGAGAUGUCGAGAUGGAAACGGUCCUGUCCGCAAAAAGAAGGCCAAGAGAAGGCGGCGUGUUCGCUUUGAGAGGACAGCAGAGUUCCUGGCUGUUUGUGCCAGCGGUGACACUGAGGAGGCCCAGGCGAUGCUGAAGGAGGCCUGGCAGAAAAGCAAUGGCGAGUUAGUUUCAGGAGCAGACGUGGUCAACUGUGCCAAUGCGGAUGGAAUCACAGCUUUGCACCAGGCGUGCAUCGAUGGCAGUAUGGACGUGGUGUCCUUCCUGCUUUCUCAGGGCGCUAACGUGAACCAGGUGGACAACGAGGGCUGGACCCCGCUACAUGUGGCCGCUUCCUGCGGGAACAGGGAGAUCACAGAGUACUUGCUGAAGCAGGGUGCAUCUCUGAGCUUAGUGAACUGUGAUGGUGACUCUCCAUUAGACAUCGCUGAGGAUGAGGCCAUGGAGGGACUACUACAGCAACACACUCAAAAACAGGGUGUGGACCUGGAGGCAGCUAAACGGUUAGAGGAGGAGCUGAUUAUGCGUGACGCUCGCAGUUGGCUUACCGAUGGCCUUCCCGCCGAUUUGCAGCACCCCAGGACCGGAGCCACGCCCCUACAUGUUGCUGCCGCCAAGGGCUACCUGGAGGCCAUCAAGUUGCUGUGUCAGUGUGGGCUAGAUGUAUCUGCUAAAGACUGGGACGGCUGGACUCCGCUUCACGCUGCAGCGCACUGGGGCCAGAGAGAGGCCUGCAGUAUCCUCGCAGAACAACUCUGUGACAUGGAGGCCCGCAGCAACGGGGGUCAAACUCCAUUUGAUGUGGCGGAUGAAAGUGUGGUUGCCUUACUGGAGGAGUUGUCUCAGAGACAAGCCAGCUGGCGAACUGAACAGGCCAUUAACGAUAAACAGAAUGCACAAGCAGCUAGUAACGGCAAUGCUGCAAACAAAAAACGCAGGAGUUCAGUGUGUAGGAUGAGCAGCCGAGAAAAGAUGAGUGUACAGGAUCAGUCGAAGGAGAGGGGGGUUUCUGGAGGGCUGGAGUUGAGCGAGGAGAGAGAGAGCAGUCCUGAGAGUUCCACAGUGUCAAGUCCAGAUACAGAAAGUGUCACUACCUCUACAGUCAGCCCUGCUGACAAGACUCCUGAAGAGAAAGAAGCAGAGGAGAAAGAGCAGGAGCGGGAGAGCCGCACUGCACGUGUGCCUCCCACUCUGCAGAGACGCGACUCGUCUGGUGAAAGCCCCAGCAGUGCCUCUGGUGAUGGAAGGAAGUUCCAGGCUCCAGUUAGAGAUGAGGAGUCAGAAUCUCAGAGAAAAGCUCGCUCUCGCCUCAUGCGUCAAUCACGGCGCUCCACUCAGGGUGUGACCCUGACUGACCUUAAGGAGGCUGAGCGAACUGUGAGCAGGAACACUGAGCCUCAGAGCAAUCUUCAGCCCGUGAGCCCUGUUGUCACGGUAACGCUGGCAGAGAGAGACACAGACCCUGUGAAGCAAUCAGGGACAGCAGAGGGAGACAGCAAACUUGGAGUGAGAGACCGCCGUAGAGCGAGGAGAGAAAGACGAUCCACUGGCGUCGCUGCACUGCCAGGAGAGACUGAGGACUUGGAUGCGAAUGAGCCUGUGCUGGCAGACAGCACUUCAAGUGGUCCUCAAGCAGAAGAUAGAAAACUGUCUUUAUCACUGGAUUUUAGAAAGUUGUAUUUGGAGGUGCUGAAGGAGAACGCUACUUUGAGAGAGAAGCUCCAAGAGACACAGCUGCAGCUCAGUGAGAGCAAAGUGGAGCUGGAGCGACUCAGACAGAAUCAGGAAAAUGGCUGUGAGCGACCUGCCCUACUGGAGCUGGAGAGAUUUGAGAAGAAAGCACUUCAGAGGAAAGCUUCCGAACUGGAGGAUGAGCUUAAGAUUCUUGUCGAUCUUCGUGCUGAUAACCAGAGGCUGAAAGACGAGAAUGCCGCACUGAUCCGCGUUAUCAGCAAACUCUCCAGAUGAGCCCUAUAUACAUGUGUGCCACUAUCCUCCUGAACCACUAGGUGGCAGCGCUGCCCCUCUUUGCCCAUCUCUGCCCAGAAUAAACUGGAAUGAUGCGUUUCUCUUUCUGCACGGCCAUAACAAGCAGCGCCUGUGUGUGCGUUUGUCUGGUUCCGGCCUCUCUCACCUUUAGGGUGGCUAAACUACUGUUUUCUCCAAAACCUGGAAGCCCAAACAAACCUAGACUCAGUAUAACCAGGGUUCAGAAACCUUCACCUCAUUGUACACAAGUGUCAGGAAAUUGGAAGCUCCGUGUCUGUAAAGUCUAGCUUUGUAAAGUCUAGAACCUAUAAUGCAGCUCUAGCAAAGCAGUUCAGUCCAUUUGUGCAAAUCCAGCAGAAAGUUCUAGAAAUCCAGAUCCGCUGCAUGUAUUUCAGAAGUUGUACUUCCCGAACCUCAACCCCCUUUUGAGCACAGGUCGAGUCUCGGUUUGCUAAUUCUAAGUGUGGAGCACAUACUUGAAGUGCGGCAGGAUGGAGAGGAAUUUGCAGGGUGCUUUUUGUUCUGUGUAUUUAAAUCUGAUUAAUUCUUUCUUGUGCACUGUGCUUGAUAUUUUGUUUACCUUGUAGCUUAACAUGAGAGCCAGUACAAGGUUAACCAUUAUAUUUUAAUUUGCUUGUAAGCCAGCCAUGGAUAAUUUGCUGUUUAACUUGUAGUUUAUGCUCUGGCACUAGAUCAGAGAAACAUCGGGUGUUUUUCAGCUUCGAGGGCAUGAUCUAAAGAAGUGCUUGUAUUGUUAUACACAGCAAACAUGUGCCAAAACCUGAACCUCCGCUCUCUCCUGUUGCUCCCAUGCUGGUUGGUGACACGUCGGGACGGACGAGGGUUUUUCUUUACUGUCUUAACUCUCUCUCUUUGUCUCUCAGGACAAGCCUAGAUAAACACUGUACUCAAGCAGACUGCUACUGUAUGUUGGACCAAACAGGCAUUUGCAUUGUUGCUGUUUUUCAGUGAGCGAGUAUUUAUGAGUGUAAGUGUAUUUACAUGGCCUGUGUCCUGUGCCAAUUUUCUUUUUAUUUUUAAUUAUAGUUGUAAUUUUUUUAUCUUUUUUUUUUUUGACUGUUGGAACAGGAACGUUUAUACUGUGAGUCCUGCUCUCAAAGGAACAGGCACUUUAUAAGGUCAAAGCUUUGGAAAGUUUACCACCUUUUUUUUUUUUGCUUCCGAUUUUAUUGAUUUUUUUUUUUUAUUUGUAAGCCAAUGCAUGCCAAAAUUGUAUUUUGACAAAAUAUGUGCCUUUCUAUAUAUCUAUUUUAAUAUUUCUAUGUUGCUUGGUUGAAAAGUACAGGGCUGGUUGGCCCCAUUAGUGCUAUAACAGACUCUUCUAACACUCCACAUCCGAACCCCGCUGACUCUGACGUCAUUCGGUAAAUGGACAGUUCGAGACGACCAAUACAACUCAAUAAAUAAAACAAUUCUGUACCAGA